AAAAUGUAAAUUCACUAUGUCAGCAGAAGGCAAAUACAGACUUUACAUAAUUCAAGUUAUCCUACUGUUCUUUAUUUAAUUUCCCUUGCCUGGAAUUUGCCCAUCAUGAGUUAUCGGGACUGGUGUAUACAUAAGUUGAUAAGUGGUUUGUUGUGAUUAGAGUUCAGUGAACUCUCAAUCCCGGCUCCAUCUGUGUAGACGGUGGGUAAUAAAGUGAAAGAACACCAUGCGGCUUGUUAUCCUGGAGACUGCAGAUAAGGUGGCAGAAUGGUCAGCCAGAUAUGUGAUGAAAAGAAUAAAUGACUUCAAACCGGGUCCAGAAAGAUACUUUGUUCUGGGUCUUCCAACAGGUGGAACACCACUGGGCAUGUACAAAAAGCUUAUAGAAUAUCACAAAGCUGGAAAAAUAUCCUUCAAAUAUGUGAAGACUUUCAACAUGGAUGAAUAUGUUGGUCUUCCAAGGGAUCACCCUGAAAGCUACCAUUUUUACAUGUGGGACAAUUUCUUUAAACACAUUGACAUUGAUCCAAAGAAUGUCCAUAUAUUAGAUGGAAAUGCACCUGAUUUAGUGAAGGAGUGUGAAGAGUAUGAGAGGAAAAUUACAGAAGCAGGAGGAGUGGAACUGUUUAUUGGUGGUAUUGGACCUGAUGGACAUAUAGCAUUCAAUGAGCCAGGCUCAUCAUUAGUUUCAAGGACAAGAGUGAAGACUCUGGCUCAAGAUACACUUGAGGCAAAUGCCCGGUUCUUUGGCAAUGAUAUAUCCAAGGUGCCAAAACAGGCUCUCACAGUUGGUGUUGGUACUGUUAUGGAUUCUAAAGAGGUAAUGAUUCUUAUCACUGGUGCUCAUAAAGCAUUUGCUUUAUAUAAAGCAAUAGAAGAAGGUGUGAAUCACAUGUGGACUGUGUCAGCAUUUCAGCAACACCGGCAAACAAUUAUGAUAUGUGAUGAAGAUGCAACACUGGAACUCCGUGUCAAGACUGUCAAAUACUUCAAGGCACUGAGUGAAGUUCAUCACAAACUGAUUGAAGAAGAUGGUUCUGGAUGGAAUAAACAUAAUGAAUCUGUGGAAUGUACACAGUAAGCUGAUAGAUGCUGGAAUGAUGAUGGGUGCAGAUGGUGAUAAGUAAUGCAAGGAAGUGCCUUUACACAUUAACACUGGUAAAUCUGAGUUGGGGUUACUUCAUAUCAUCACAACAAUGGAUCAAAAGCCAAGAAUUUUAUCAGAAAUAAUAAUGUUUUCUAUUGAAAUUUUAUAUAUACUGUUUAUUGUGCUGUUUUGAGGUGUAAUUAUGUUUUUUAUGGAUUAAAUAAUACAUUCCAAUCAU